AUGGCGGUAAUUGGUCAGGACAACAACUUUUCAAAUGUCUCGUGGCAUAGCGACGAUGGCGAUGCCGCGGGAUCCGCCUCCACGGAGGUGCCAGAGGCCGACGCGAAUGAGAGGCUCGAGGCAGAAGCCCAGAUGGACAGGCUGGACCCGGGCCUCGGCGGGGAGAUACUGGAAUGCACCGUCUCCGAGCCUCACAAGGAGAACGACGGCACCAAAGAUGCAUAUGUAUCAUAUCUUGUAACCACAAACUCCACUUUCCCAUCUUUUCAGAAAAGCAUCACACAGGUCCGCCGGCGGUUCACCGACUUCGUAUUUCUCUCCAAGACCCUCUCCAAAGACUACCCAGCAUGCGCCGUGCCGCCGCUGCCCGACAAGCAGCGCAUGGAGUACGUCCGCGGCGACCGCUUCGGGACGGACUUCACACAGCGCCGCGCGCACUCGCUGCAGCGCUUCCUCGCCAGAAUAGCACUGCACCCGAUCCUGAGGAGGGCGCCGAUCCUGCACACGUUCCUCGAGUCGCCGGACUGGAACGCCACGAUGCGCAGCCGGGGCAGCCGGGCGUCGACCGCUAGCUCCGCCGAUGCGGGCGCGGGCGGCGUCUUUGACAACUUUGCCGACACGUUCAUCAAUGCGUUCACAAAGGUGCACAAGCCGGACCGGCGGUUCAUCGAGGUGAAGGAGAAGAGCGACAAGCUGGACGAUGACCUGAACCAUGUGGAGAAGGUGGUUGCGAGAGUGGCGCGCCGCGAGACUGACAUUGAGGCCGACCUGAAGGACCUGGCGGAGCAGUUCCAGAAGCUGAUUACUCUAGAACCGGGUGUCGAGGCUGCAGUGCAUGCCUUUGCCGCGAGCGUCGAGGACACGGCUGCCGGGCUGAAGAAGCUCAAGGACCAUACCGAUCAGGACUACCUCGGCAGUUUGCGAGACAUGGCAGCCUACUCAGGGGCGCUGAAGAACCUCCUCAAAGCACGGGAGCAGAAGCAGCUCGACUACGAGCAGCUGACCGAGUACCUGAACAAGUCAACAGCAGAGCGGGACAUGCUGGCGUCGGGGUACUACGGCAGCGGCGGCGGCGGGGCGCUCUCCGGGGCGGGCGGCUUCAUCCGCAGCAAGAUCGAGGAUGUGCGGGGCGUGGACCACGAGCAGUCGCGGCGCGAGCGGCAGCGCAAGCUGGAGCUGCGGGUCGACGAGCUGACGCGCGAGGCCGAGACCGCGCGCAAGACGUCCGAGAUGUUCGACGAGGAGGUCGUCAAGGAGGUCGGCGACUUUGAGCGCAUCAAGCGUGUCGAGUUCAAGCGCCAGCUCGGCGGGUUGGCUGAUUCGCACAUUGACUUCUACGGCGGGGUUAUCGAUAUUUGGGAGAAGUACGUUGAGGAGAUGGAGAAGGAGGGCAUCCUGGCGGCAUGA